CUUCGCAAUCGCAUCACAGUUUGACUGAAACACCGAUUGGAUUCUCCUUUUCAUCGUCUUCCAUGGCACUCCGACCAGUUCUCCGCCGCGCCUCCAGGUUUGGCUUGUCCUCGCUCCGACCCGCCGUUGGGGGGUCUCCGCUGCGUAGGUCUCUCCACGCGACUGUCUCCGGCGAUGAUGAUGUUGGGAGCCGGAGGAGAAGCUUUCCGGCGUUGUCUCCGUCUUCCAUGGCGGCUUAUCACGUGAGUUCCGGCGAUUUUAUGCGCGGUGCUGUGUUCUGGGAACCCAAUAAACCAUUGACCAUUGAAGAGUUUCAUAUCCCCCGACCUAAAGCCAAUGAAGUUCUCAUCAAAACCAAGGCUUGUGGAGUCUGUCACUCUGAUCUCCAUGUGAUGAAGGGAGAGAUUCCAUUUGCCAGUCCUUGUGUUGUCGGGCAUGAGGUAACUGGAGAAGUAGUUGAGCAUGGACAACUCACUGACAGCAAGAUCAUAGAAAGAUUUCCAAUCGGAUCACGUGUGGUUGGAGCUUUCAUUAUGCCAUGUGGAAACUGUUCCUAUUGCUCUAAGGGUCACGAUGAUUUAUGUGAAGACUUUUUUGCUUAUAAUCGGGCGAAAGGAACUCUUUAUGAUGGUGAAACUCGACUGUUCUUGCGGAGUAAUGGUAAACCUGUAUAUAUGUACAGUAUGGGAGGGCUUGCUGAAUACUGUGUUAUCCCAGCCCAUGGGUUGACAAGUCUACCAGAAUCGUUGCCAUAUACUGAAUCUGCAAUUCUCGGGUGUGCUGUAUUUACUGCAUAUGGUGCGAUGGCCCAUGCUGCUGAAGUCCGGCCGGGGGAUACUAUUGCAGUAAUUGGAAUAGGCGGUGUUGGCUCGAGCUGCUUGCAGAUAGCAAGGGCUUUCGGAGCAUCUGAUAUAAUAGCUGUGGAUGUACAAGAUGAAAAGCUUGAAAAAGCGAAGACAUUCGGUGCCAACCAUAUCGUCAAUGCAACUAAAGAAGACGCUGUUGAAAGGAUAAGAGAAAUAACAGGGGGAAUGGGCGUAGACAUUGCAGUAGAAGCUCUGGGAAAGCCUCAGACAUUCAUGCAGUGCACUCAAAGUGUGAAAGAUGGGGGCAAGGCUGUAAUGAUCGGGCUGUCACAGGCUGGUGCCGUCGGAGAAAUAGACAUAAACCGUCUUGUCCGUAGGAAGAUAAGGGUGAUAGGGUCAUACGGAGGAAGGGCAAGGCAGGAUCUUCCAAAGCUGGUGAAACUGGCUGAGACAGGGAUUUUCAAUCUGAAAGAAGCGGUUUCUCGAAAAUACAAAUUCGAGGAGGCCGGAAAAGCGUUCCAUGAUCUCAACCAGGGAAGCAUCGUUAGCCGAGGUGUCAUCGAGAUUAUUUAACUGGCAUUCCCUCUUUCCCUUCAACUGUGGUGUGGCUUCAGUUCUGAUUUAUAAAUGAUAUGUUCAGUCUCCAGACCUUUGGGCCGCAAGCAUCUUCUCUUCAGACAAGUUUCAUUUGCUUUCUGAUUUUUAUGCAGUUCACUUGGACUGUCAUUGCAGUCUGUCUUCCUGGUCCUGGAUGUGUUUUCUUCUGGCUGAAACUUUGUCCUGAUGAAUGAAUAAAAUGUGAAGCCUUGUAAAUGAAACAUUUGAAGAAUUUUUUUUUUUUUUGACUUUAUAGUUUAUACACAGGCGAAUUCAGAUUG